AGGGGUUUUACCAUCUAUUGAUUGUGAUUUACAUGUUUACUGUUAAGUAUUUGAAAUUAUGUUGAUGUCACAUGAGAUGAACUUGAAAUUAUGAUGGAUUGCAGAGAAGGAAAAUCUUUGUCUUUAUGGACUUCCUAAUGAGCAGUGUGAAGUGAAUUGAGAGGGGUUUUACGACCUAUUGAUUGUGAUCACAUGUUUAGUGUUAAGUAUUUGAAAUUAUGUUGAUGUUAACAUGAGAUGAACUUGAAAUUAUGAUGGAUGGCAGAUAAGGAAAAUCUUUGUCUUUAUGGACUUCCUAAUGAGCAAUGGGAAGUGAAUUUACCAGCUGAAGAGGUGCCACCAGAGCUUCCUGAAUCUGUGUUGGGUAUUAACUUUGUUAGAGAUGGAAUGCAAGAGAAUGAUUGGCUAUCUUUAGUAUCGGCUCAUAGUGAUGCAUGGUUGCUGUCGAUUGCAUACUAUUUUGGUGCUAGAUUUGGAUUUGACAAAUCUGAUAGCACCCAGAGUUGUCAUCUCAAGCAUAUACUCCACGUGUUGCAAGUAAGUCUCUGCCUCCUUCACUUGUACCUCUCUUAAUGCAUUGUCUAUCUCCUCUUUCAUUUUUCCUGUUAUUAAUUGAGA